ACAGAGGCAGUCACACAAGAGCGGGUCCGGGAUAUUGGUCAGCAGGCAGGGCGAAUCGUUUUGACUGCAAACCACAGAGUUUCGUAGAGUGGUAGAAGAAAUCAUAUAUUCCUUCACUGUAGAGAGAGAGUGAAUUUUAAAGAGGAAACAAUGGCUUCAAACAGCAUAUUUGAGUCACUUCCUUCUUACCAGCACUUCUUGAGAGAUACCAGCACCAGCCGCCGCUUCACGCCGCCCUCCACCACGCUGAGCCCGGGAAAGAUGACCGAGCCGCUCCCGCUGCCCGGCGCCGAGCACAGCGGAGCCCUGCCGGGGAAGCUGCGCAGCGCCGACCGCAGCAUGGUGGAGGUCCUGGCGGAUCACCCCGGGGAGCUGGUGCGCACCGACAGCCCCAACUUCCUCUGCUCCGUGCUGCCCACCCACUGGCGCUGCAACAAGACGCUGCCCAUCGCCUUCAAGGUGGUGGCCUUGGGAGAUGUGCCGGAUGGGACACUGGUAACGGUGAUGGCUGGAAAUGAUGAAAACUACUCUGCAGAACUCAGAAACGCCACAGCUGCCAUGAAAAACCAAGUAGCAAGGUUCAACGACCUCCGAUUUGUGGGUAGAAGUGGCAGAGGGAAAAGCUUCACGCUGACUAUCACAGUCUUCACAAACCCACCACAAGUAGCCACAUACCACAGGGCCAUCAAGAUAACAGUGGACGGACCUCGUGAACCCAGAAGACAUCGCCAGAAAAUAGAUGAGCAGACAAAGCCCGGGAGCUUGUCCUUUUCAGAGCGCCUGAGUGAACUGGAGCAGUUGCGUCGUACGGCCAUGAGGGUCAGCCCACACCACCCAGCCCCCACACCCAACCCACGAGCCUCCUUGAACCACACCACUGCCUUUAACCCUCAGCCUCAGAGUCAGAUUCAGGACACAAGGCAAGUACAGCCAUCUCCGCCAUGGUCCUAUGACCAGUCCUACCAGUACCUGGGCUCCAUUGCCACCCCUUCUGUGCACCCCGCCACACCAAUAUCACCCGGCAGGGCUAGCGGCAUGACAACCCUCACCGCAGAGCUUUCCAGCCGGCUGUCAAGUGCUUCUGACUUGACUGCAUUCAGUGACCCCCGGGUGGGAAUCGACCGCUCCUUCUCUGCGCUCCCCUCCAUCUCUGAUCCUCGGAUGCACUACCCGGGAGCGUUCACCUACACGCCAACACCCGUCAGUUCAGGGAUAGGGAUUGGGAUGUCUGCCAUGUCCACAGCCACCAGAUACCACACUUACCUCCCACCUCCCUACCCCGGCUCGUCGCAGGCCCAAGGCAGCCCCUUCCAGACCAGCUCACCUUCCUACCACCUCUACUACGGAACCUCUGCAGGCUCCUAUCAGUUCUCCAUGAUCUCAGGGGGAGACCGGUCACCCCCACGCAUUCACCCUCCCUGCACCAACGCGUCCACGGGAUCCACGCUCCUCAACCCCAACCUCCCCAACCAAAGCGACGUGGUCGAGGCAGAAGGGAGCCACAGCAACUCCCCGACCAACAUGGCAACCACAGCGAGGCUAGAGGAAGCAGUUUGGAGACCAUACUGAAUAAAUUUUAAGCAGUCGUGGGCCAGGACUAAUGUGCUUUUCAUUUCCCAGUGCCCGUAGGUAUCCCAUAAACAUCUGUCUGGCUUAUGGGCCCUGCCAUGUUCAUGCAUCACUUUCAGAAGGAAACCCUCCAGAAGCCAGCACUCCCAGGAGUGGUGGCCUCUGUUAAGCCAGCCCCUGGCGAAGUGACAUCGCUCCAGCAAAACAUCCCUCAUGGGGGGCUGAGCUUCUGGAAAGGAGGACAUCAGAGCUGGUGGUCCAGAGGUAGCAAGGGUGGGUAGAAAAGUACCCAGUCUGUUUUCAGGCCCUGUGGCUUUCGUACGUGCCUGGGUCUGAAGGUUUCCAGAGCCCUAAAGAGAGUUUUGGUUCACUUCUAUUUUUAAGACUUAAAUCCUUAAAAAAAAAAUCUUAGUGAGUUUACUGCAUCUUAUGGACUUAUUAACUGUAAGGAAGUAUAGGAAGAUUCCCAGAGGGAAACUGUGAACGCUUCUGUUUUAGCAAUGCUGUGAAUGAGAGGUUUUAUAUGUUGA